AUCCGUCAUCCGAUCGGAUUCAAUUAUAAAAGCAUCUCUCCAUCAGCAAGCAAGGUAUCGAUCAGGCAUCACCCACUCCAAGCCAUGGCCCUUUCUGUAGCGCGCAGAGCACCACCACCACGCUGAUCGGCAUCAUGGCCGAGGCAGACGGCCGGUAGCUAGGCCACGCGCACGCCACGACGGCCCGCACAUAUGUAAGCGCGCGGCAGUGGUGGAAACUAAACUGGAGAGGCUCGGAGUUUGGAGAUCGAGAUGGCUGUUCACGUUGUGCUUCUCGCCGUGCCGGCGGCGGCGGCGGCGGGCGGAGGGUUCCUGCAGGCGUUCUUGCAGUACUCGUUCCUGGUGUGGCCGUUCAACCUCGUGCUGCCGCUGGCGCGCCACCUGCCGCGCGUCUGCGUCGCGCUCCGCGGCGCGGCGGAGUUCCUCGCCGGCGAGAUGCGGAUGUUCCUGAGCGGGCGGCGCAGGGUGCAGCUGCCGCAGCUGUCUGGCUACGGGCGCUCGUCGUCGUUGUCGCCAGGCGAGCGGAGGUCGCGGGAGGAGCUCGUCGCCUACACCAUGGUUGCCCUCGUCGGGAUCUCCUACUGAUCAUGGCGCUCUCGGCAUUGUCGGGUGAUCGAAUGCGUCCUCUCCGAUUGGUUUCUCGGAAUCACUAUUGUCACUUUGUCAGUGGGGAAGUGUUCAUCAUAGAUAGGUUAGCUUUGCUGCUUUCUUUAUUUUGAUCUUGCACAUAAGAAAUCCUUCUGUUCUGUUCUUGCUGCAUUUGUCAGCUGCGGCUCCUAGCUAGCUCCUCCAUGACUCUGGAUUUUUUUUUAAAAAAAAGCUUGAUGAAACGAUGUAUAUUGAAGAACUACGAGAAACUGGAGUCCGCAUAUUUUGAUUGAGUUUAAUUAGCAUUUCGUCGCCAUCUGA